UCCAAGAUGACAUUUGAGUCGACAUUGAGUGACGAGGCGCCCAUCAGGGGAGGAUCAGGGGAAAAUGGGGUCUGGGCAGAGGAGACAUAGAACGCAAAGAACCUCUGAGGCAAGAACAUGUUUGGUGAUUAAUCGGGGUCAUCUUAACUUUUCUGUAAAUGUCCAAAUAAGUAAAUAUUUUAGGCGUUGCCUGUCAUAACAGUGUCUGUUGCAACGACUCAAUCCGGCUGUUACAGUGCAAAAGUAUACACGAUAAACAAAUGGGUGGUGUUCUAAUAACUUUAUUUAUGGACACUGAAAUUAGAAUGUCGUAUCAUUUUCAUGCCACAAACUAUUCUUUUGGUCUCGCCCCCGCUCACCCCUUUAAAGUGUAAAAACCACUCUUUGGUCUUGGGCCGUAGUUUGCUGACAGCAGGUCAGCUAGGGAGGCUGGGGUCCGACCCUGCAGGACGGUUAGGGCUGGUAACACUCAGAUGGCGGCAAAUCCCCGCGCCCCUGCAAAUGGAAAGCCACCCACCCGAGUACCAGUUCUGGGAGGCAACUUCCAACAGCUCAUGUAAGAUCAUCAGGUUUGCUUUAUUUUUUUCCCCCUCAGUGACAAGAAAGGACAAACGAACAAAAAGACAGGCGCGAGCGCGCACACACACACACACACACCCAGCCCGAAAGCCAGAGAGGACGUGCCCAGGUUUACGCUGACGCUUCUCCAGCACGCAUUUAGGGUUUUAAAGUUGGGCACACACCUGCUUCCAGGCAGAGUGCACCUGCUGAGCCUCACUCUGGCCUCGUCUCGCGAGAGCAAGGCUGUAGUAGUGGCCCCCAACCCCCACCCCGCACCAAAUCCCUCUCCCCGCCCCCUCGCCUAGCUUCUGCGCUCUGGCACGUUCCCCCCGCCACCUUCACCGCCCCCGGGAGUAGCCCCGGCCCGCAGCGCGCGCUUUGCCGCGCCCCGCCCGCCGUUCAAUCGCUAGCUAGCACGCACGCUGGGUAGUAAUUUCAUUUUGCCACGCGAGCUCCGCAUACCCUAGACCUCCCGCCUCCCCCCGUUCCCCUUGUCCCCCCCGCCCUAGCCCCCGUGAGGCGUUCCCUUCCCGGCCAGGUGCGCGAGCCCUGCGCGCUCUUCCUCCGCCUCCUCCGGCGGGUCCCCGGCGCGCCGGGGCCGGGCUGGCUGGGGCGGAUGCGCGCACGGCGCCUCUCCACCACCGCUCCCUGCAGGUCCUUCGCUCGCUCUCUAUCCCUCGCCUGCGCUGCCUCGCUCCCCCCGCCCUUUGAUUGACAGGCAAGAUGUCGGUGUGGAGCGUGGCAGGAGCGAAUGCAGCAGCCGUCAACCCCCGGAGCCCGGCGGCGGCAGCAGCAGCAGCAGCAGCGCGAGGAGACAGCAGCCAACCGCAGUAGCCCCUGCAGCCGCGGGAGCAAUGCAGACAGCAUCUUGAGAGCGCGCUAAAGCACCCCAAACGGCGGAAGAUGCCCGUGUCACUGCAACUGGGAGGGGGCAAACCAGAUUUUUUUUUGACAUAAAAAGCCAGCCAGCCAAAAAUAUAUAAUUUUGCCCUUCACGGAGCCGGUGUGUAAAGAGUGAGCGCUAUUUUGCUUCAUCUCCUCGCCUCUGCCUCCUCCGCCCUCUCUCCUCCCCCUUCUCUUUCUCCUCCUCCUCCCUAAGUGUAUAGGACAGCAUCACAUCACCUGGUUUGCUUAGAAGCGGCAUCGCUCCUUUUGAGACACUAGAGACUCAGAGAGAGGAGACGUUCUAAUGGAGUCGGCUCGCUACCCUAAAAUAAAAUAAUAAAUUUUGGCUCUCGUCCCCUCCUCCCACCCCCACCCCCCUCAACCUGUGUGAGAUGUUGGGUUUUUCUUCAUGAGACAUUGUUGAGAAGUCGCAGUGGUUGGAGAGGCGUAGGGGGUAGACUCUCUCCAGUGCCCCCUCGCCCCCCUUUUUUCUCUCUGAGGAGGAGGAGGAGGGGAAGGGGGCUUGCAGAGCAAGCGAUGGAUGAGGAAAACAUGACGAAAAGCGAGGAGCAGCAGCCUCUGAGUUUGCAAAAAGCCUUACAGCAGUGCGAGCUGGUCCAAAACAUGAUAGACCUGAGUAUCUCCAACCUGGAAGGGCUUAGGACCAAGUGCGCUACCUCCAACGACCUCACGCAAAAAGAAAUCCGGACCCUGGAGAGCAAGCUGGUGAAGUACUUCAGCCGGCAGCUGUCCUGCAAGAAGAAGGUGGCCCUGCAGGAGCGCAACGCGGAGCUGGACGGCUUCCCCCAGCUCCGGCACUGGUUCCGGAUCGUCGACGUGCGCAAGGAAGUCCUGGAGGAAAUCACCCCGGGCCAGCUGAGCCUGGAGGACCUCUUGGAGAUGACGGACGAGCAGGUGUGUGAGACCGUGGAGAAAUACGGAGCCAACCAGGAGGAAUGUGCCCGUCUGAAUGCCUCCCUCUCCUGCCUCCGGAACGUGCACCUGGCAGGCGGCAACCUUUCCAAACAAGACUGGGCCAUCCAGUGGCCCACCACGGAGACGGGGAAGGAGAACAACCCAGUGUGCGCGCCGGAGCCCACCCCGUGGAUCCGCACCCACCUCUCCCAGAGCCCCAGGGUGCAGUCCAAGUGCACCCAGCACUACUGUCAUGCCAGCCCUGCCCCCGGGGCCCCUGUGUACACCCACGUCGACCGGCUCACCGUGGACCCCUACCCGGGCCUGUGCCCGCCGCCACCCCUGGAGUCGGGCCACCGUUCCCUGCCCCCGUCGCCCCGGCAGCGGCAUGCCGUGCGCACCCCGCCGCGCACCCCCAAUAUUGUCACCACCGUGACCCCGCCAGGCACGCCGCCCGUGAGGAAGAAGAACAAGCUGAAGCCCCCGGGGACCCCGCCGCCCUCCUCCCGAAAGCUGAUCCACCUGAUCCCGGGUUUCACGACCCUGCAUCGGAGCAAGUCCCACGAAUUCCAGCUGGGCCACCGCGUAGACGAGGCGCACACACCCAAAGCCAAGAAGAAGAGCAAGCCCUUGAACCUCAAGAUCCACAGCGGCGUGGGCAGCUGUGAGAACAUCCCGUCCCAGCAGCGCUCCCCGCUCCUGUCCGAGCGCUCCCUCCGCUCCUUCUUCGUGGGCCACGGGCCCUUCAUGCCCUCCACCCCUCCCGUGCACACGGAGGCCAGCUUCUCCUCAAACACGCUGUCAGUGCCGCGCUGGUCCCCGCAGAUCCCUCGCAGAGACCUCGGCAACUCCAUCAAGCACAGGUUUUCCACCAAGUACUGGAUGUCUCAGACGUGCACAGUCUGUGGGAAAGGGAUGCUUUUUGGCCUCAAGUGUAAAAAUUGCAAGUUAAAGUGCCACAACAAAUGCACCAAAGAAGCCCCGCCCUGUCACCUCCUUAUCAUCCACCGAGGAGACCCAGCAAGGUUAGUCCGGACGGAGUCGGUCCCGUGUGACAUCAACAACCCCCUGCGAAAGCCGCCCCGGUACUCGGACCUGCACAUCAGUCAGACGCUCCCCAAAACCAACAAAAUCAACAAGGACCACAUCCCUGUCCCCUACCAGCCAGACUCAAGCAGCAAUCCCUCGUCCACGACAUCCUCCACACCCUCCUCGCCAGCGCCGCCCCUCCCUCCCAGCGCCACACCGCCUUCUCCCCUCCACCCGUCCCCGCAGUGCACGAGGCAGCAGAAGAACUUCAGCCUGCCAGCGCCCCACUACUACAAAUACAAGCAGCAGUUCAUCUUCCCAGAUGUGGUGCCCGUGCUGGAGACGCCGCCCCGGGCGCCCCAGGUCAUCCUGCACCCAGUGACCUCGAAUCCAAUCUUGGAAGGAAAUCCAUUACUUCAAAUUGAAGUGGAGCCAACCUCAGAGAAUGAAGAGGGCCACGACGAGGCCGAGGAGUCGGAGGACGACUUCGAGGAGAUGAACCUGUCCCUGCUCUCGGCCCGGAGCUUCCCGAGGAAGGCCAGCCAGACCAGCAUCUUCCUGCAGGAGUGGGACAUCCCCUUCGAGCAGCUGGAGGUGGGCGAGCUCAUCGGAAAGGGCCGCUUUGGGCAGGUGUACCACGGCCGCUGGCACGGGGAGGUGGCCAUCCGGCUGAUUGACAUCGAGAGGGACAACGAGGAGCAGCUGAAGGCCUUCAAGCGAGAGGUGAUGGCCUACCGGCAGACGCGGCACGAGAACGUGGUGCUUUUCAUGGGCGCCUGCAUGAGCCCGCCCCACCUGGCCAUCAUCACCAGCCUCUGUAAGGGACGGACCCUCUACUCGGUGGUGCGGGAUGCCAAGAUCGUCUUGGAUGUCAAUAAAACCAGGCAGAUUGCUCAAGAAAUUGUGAAGGGUAUGGGCUACCUCCACGCCAAGGGAAUCCUUCACAAGGACCUCAAGUCCAAGAACGUCUUCUACGACAACGGCAAAGUGGUGAUCACGGACUUUGGGCUCUUCAGCAUCUCCGGGGUCCUGCAGGCCGGCAGGCGGGAGGACAAGCUACGCAUCCAGAACGGCUGGCUGUGCCACCUGGCACCGGAGAUCAUCCGCCAGCUGUCCCCCGACACGGAGGAGGACAAGCUCCCCUUCUCCAAGCACUCCGACGUCUUUGCGCUCGGAACGAUCUGGUAUGAACUCCACGCCAGGGAGUGGCCUUUCAAGACCCAGCCGGCAGAGGCGAUCAUCUGGCAAAUGGGCACAGGCAUGAAACCCAACCUCAGCCAGAUCGGCAUGGGGAAAGAAAUCUCGGACAUUCUUCUCUUCUGCUGGGCCUUUGAACAAGAAGAGAGACCUUCCUUCACCAAGCUCAUGGACAUGCUGGAGAAACUGCCAAAGCGAAACCGCCGCCUGUCUCACCCCGGGCACUUCUGGAAGUCUGCGGAGCUGUGACCUGUGGACAGACGGACGACGCCCAGCUGCCUCAGCUCCCAAGCCGCCACUUCCUCCCUGCUCUGUCCUCUGCUAGCUCAGGAGGCCAGGGGCUCACCGUCAGAGGGGACCGACACCGGCCAGCCCAGGACCACGGCACAACUCAGCUCGGUGGCGUCCCUGUGCCCUAGGCCUGUGUCCUUUUGCUGGGGAAGGGUUGGGGAGGACCUAACGGGACCAGCCAGGGAGACACGGAACUGACGAGCAAGGUGCGGGGCAGGGUGGAGCGGAGGGAUGCACAGAGUCCCUGGGCCGCGAAGACCAGGGCAGGAGGCCCACGGGAGCGGGCUCGCGGGACCAGUGUGUGUGUGGACAUGUGUGGACACACGUGUCUGCGUGCGCUGUGCCCUCUGCCCUCCCUUCCCCUUGCCAAGCCAAAGCCAGGCCCCUGUGCUCCGGAGAGUCUUGGCUGUGCUGGCCUCCGCACUGCGGGCCCCGUCUGCACUCUCAGGGAGUGUGGUGGGGACGCGGAGCUGAGCCCCAGCUCAGUGGGGGCUGUGGGCCGAGAUCCGGGCGGAGAGGCUGCACUGUUCCUUUGUGGACGGACGUCUGUCCUGCGGGGCCCCAGCCCAGCCUG